UGAGUCCGUCGUUGUCAGCAGCUUCUGCUGUAUGUUCAGUUUCUCCAUACAUCUCCCAUCUAGAGGGAGUUAAUUUGGCCAGUUAAUGUGUCUAAAUGUAAGUUCAUCGCUAUUUUAACGGCAUUUUCGGCAUUUUUCUAGCAGCAGCUAAGCUAAUGUUAGCUUAGCAUACUGAGCGACAGGACGGGACGUUGUUAGAGCGACGCUUUGACGGUGAUCAGGUUGUGUUCAUGAUGGAGUUUAUGGAGAAGAAGUUCCUCUGAUUGUGUGAAGAAAUCUGAGCUCAAAAGGAUGAAGAAGUCAGACACCGAGCAACCAGAACCAGCAGAGGAAGAACCGACUGGAAGAAAAUCUGGAGAAUCUCCCCGACUUUCUGGCAUCCACCAGGUCAAACAGGAAGUAGUUGCUGAGGAGAAGUGGAGUCUCAACCCAGACCAGGAGGAGCAGAAACCUCCACAGAUUAAAGAGGAACAGGAGGAGAAUGAGAUUACAGAGUUAACUUUCAGCCCUGUCCAAGUGAAGAAUGAAGAUGAUGAAGAGAAACCCCAGCUCUCAGAGUUUCUUCACUGCAAGACCGAAGAGGACCGAACUUCUGUUGGACCAGAACCCGAUCAGUGUGUAGAAUCAGACAAUCAAGACGACACUUCAGAUUGCACAGAAACCGACAUCAGUGAUGGAAACUGGGAGGAAAGCAGCGACUUAUCGGAUACAAACUUUGUUAGAAGUAAUAAAGAGUCAGCGGAUGGUAAGUCAGGAAAUGGUGAAUUGCACACCUGUGCAGAAUGUGGCGAAAAGUUCAGCCUUCAGAUUUACUUACUAAGACACCAGAGAAUCCACACAGGAGAAAAACCUUUCAGCUGCUCCUCUUGCCGGCAGGCUUUUAUAUGGAAAUACGCCUUAAUGAAACAUGUGGAAACUCACAGUGACGACAAACCUUUCAGCUGCUCCGUCUGUGGCCAGAACUUCAGGAGGAAGGGAUGGUUAACUCAGCACAUGAGGAGACACACUGGAAGAAAACCUUACAGCUGCUCCAUCUGUGGCUGUGGUUUUCUGUGCAAGCGUGAAUUAGCUGAGCACACAAGGACUCACAGUGGAGAGAAACCUUUCAGCUGCUCUGUCUGCAAGGCACCUUUUUCAAGCGAAAAAACGCUGGUGCAGCACUCAAAAAUUCACAGCGGACAGAAACCACACAGCUGCCCUUAUUGUCCGACGACUGUUAGAAGAAAAGACAGUUUGAAGCGACACUUAAGAACCCAUAGUGGGGAGAAACCGUUCAGCUGCUCUGUCUGCAACAAAAACUUCAGCGUCAAGGAGAGCCUGAAUCGGCACAUGAGGCGUCACACAGGAGAAAAACCUUACACGUGUUCUGUCUGUGAGGCCCGCUUUCAGCUAAAGCAAACUUUAGUGGAGCACAUAAGAAUUCACACAGGGGAGAAACCGUUCAGCUGCUCUGUCUGUCAGGAAGCCUUCAGGAGAAAACAAGAUUUUGUGAACCACACAAAAAUUCACAGCAAGUCUACCUGCGAGGUGUGCGGCCAAAGCUUCAACAAAGCUGUUCGCUUGGCUCGGCACAUGAGAUUUCAUGACAGUGAGAGAGCUUUCAGCUGCUCCAUCUGCGCGGUGGCUUUCAUCAGGAAGAACGCCUUGAUCCAGCACAUGAGAACCCACUCAGAGGAGAGACCGUUCAGCUGCUCCGUGUGCAAGGCCACCUUCAAAAGGAAGGACGGCUUGAAGCUGCACACGAGGGUUCACACCAGAGAGAAACCGUACAGCUGCAAGGGCUGCAACAAGAAGUUUACCCAGCUGUCCUGGUCCAAAACGCAUCAGAAACGAUGUUUAAGCUCACGCAGCAAGCUGAGCUGAUGUUGGUGUUCAAGCUGCAGAUUAAUCAAGAUGCUCAACAUUCCUCAAUUAAAAAAUUUUUUCACGCCAGAUUUCUUCUAAAAUUAUUACUUAAUUUUCAUAUUAUGAAUUUAUUCCCGUGUUAUUUUGACUUCAUUUUGUAUUAUUUCAACUUUGUCAUAUGAGUUUAUUCUCAUGUAAUUAUGACUAUUCUCAUAUGAAUACAAAUUUAUUUUGCAAUUUUUCUUUUGUUAUUUCAAAUUUAAUCUUGUAAUUUAAAAAAAAUCUUAGCAUGGCCCUAAUACUCCUUCAUACUGCAGAAGCUUUUUGUUAGAGGCCAUGAUGUGAAAUUUUGAUGAAACUUGUGAAGUUAUAUUUUGUUAUUGUUUGUAAAAUGUAUAUGUAUAUUUUUAACACAUCAGCAUCAAAUUACUACCAGCAGCAUGACUGUGGGGUUUAUAAAAUGACUUUAUUUCCUGUAGAAAGUCUGUUGGCUCUCGGCUGUGUCUCAGAUUAAACUCAUCCUGCCUGGCCUCUGAGUUUAGGCGGAUGGAUCACAUCUUGAUAAGUUUGUAGUUGUCCCUUACUCUUGAUUGGGGUGUUAAAACAGUAGGAUGAUGUUUUUUAACUCCAACUUUCUUAAAAUGUGUUGACAGUUUCCUCUCUGACCCAUAUGCUGUGAUGUUUGGUUUUAUGUUGCUGUUUGUUCAUAAAUGUUCUCAAACUUAUGAGGCCUUCAGAGAACAGCUGGAUUGAUUAAAUUACACACAAGUCGACUAGUUGGGUGACUUCCGUAGGAUUUUUAUAUGGAAACCUGUUCAGAGUAAGUAUAUUUAUCCUUCCUUCACAUUUAUGCACAACUUACAUUCACUGAUGUUUGUAGUUAUGGCUGCCUUUGAAGGCAGAAUCUCUUUACCCCACGGGGCAUCUCUGAAUGAAAAAACAGUUGAUCUGAUUGAAGAUGAUUAUUUUUAUUCAUUUUAAAGAGUUUCAUUUACUCUAAACACCAACUCUAAAGCCAACUCUAAACAACUGUUUAGAGUUGCUUAUGGCUAAAUUAGGGUUAGAGUGCGGGUUUUGAUGUCUUCCAUGUUUUUAUAAAGGUUAGAGUCCUUGUUAAACAGAGAUUUACCUAAAGGCUAUAAAGGUUAGAGUCCUUGUUAAACAGAGAUUUAACUAAAGGCUAUAAAGGUUAGAGUCCUUGUUAAACAGAGAUUUAACUAAAGGCUAUAAAGGUUAGAGUCCUUGUUAAACAGAGGUUUAACUAAAGGCUAUAAAGGUUAGAGUCCUUGUUAAACAGAGAUUUAACUAAAGGCUAUAAAGGUUAGAGUCCUUGUUAAACAGAGAUUUAUCUAAAGGCAAAAGGGUUAGAGUCCCAGUUGACAGAGUUUCAACUAAAGGCAAAAGGUAAGGCUCUUAGAGCCCCCUUACUUUGAGGAGACCCCUUAAGGGUAACUUCUCGUGCGGAUAGGAAGAAUGUUUUUAACUUCUUUUUAUUUUCUACGUUUUAAUGAUGUAAAGCCCCCCCUGGAAAACGU